AUGCCUGAAUAUCUGACUGGACACUCAUCUGAGCCUGGAACUUGUGUCCGCUUAAAGCACAGAAUGGCGUUUAAUGAUUGCUUUAGUUUGAACUAUCCUGGCAACCCUCAGCCAGGUGAUUUGAUUGAAGUGUUUCGUCCUGGCUAUCAACACUGGGCACUGUACUUGGGUGAUGGGUACGUUAUCAACAUAGCACCUCUAGACGAUGGCAUUUCUGCAUCGUUUACAAGCGCCAAGUCUGUAUUCAGCAGAAAGGCCCUGGUGAAGAUGCAGCUUUUGAAGGAUGUUGUGGGAAAUGACACAUACAGAAUAAACAAUAAAUACGAUGAAACAUACCCACCACUCCCCAUGGAAGAAGUCAUGCAGCGGUCAGAGUUUGUUGCUGGACAGGAGGUGGAGUAUGACUUACUUGUCAACAACUGUGAGCAUUUUGUGACUUUGCUCCGCUAUGGAGAAGGAGUUUCAGAGCAGGCCAACCGAGCAAUAAGUACCAUUGGGUUUGUGGCAGCUGCCGCUGGUGCCUUCUCUUUCCUUGGCUUGUUUCCAAAAAGACUAAGAGCAAAAUACUAUUAA